AUGGCUGGCCCGGGCCCCACCUUCCCGCUGCACCGGCUCGUCUGGGCGAACCGGCACCGCGAAUUGGAGGCCGCGCUGCACACCCGCCAGCAUGACAUUGAACAGGAGGACCCCCGGGGGCGCACCCCCCUGGAGCUGGCCGUGUCCCUGGGGAACCUGGAGUCUGUGAGAGUCCUCCUUCGACAUAAUGCCAACGUGGGCAAAGAGAGCUGCCAGGGCUGGGCAGUCCUGCAGGAGGCAGUCAGCACUGGGGACCCCGAGAUGGUGCAGCUUGUGCUACAGUAUCGGGACUACCAGAGGGCCACUCAGAGGCUGGCCGGCAUUCCGGAACUGCUCAACAAACUCCGCCAGGCCCCUGAUUUCUACGUGGAGAUGAAGUGGGAGUUCACCAGCUGGGUGCCCCUUGUGUCCAAGAUGUGCCCGAGCGACGUGUACCGUGUGUGGAAGCGGGGUGAGAGCCUACGGGUGGACACCAGUCUCCUGGGCUUCGAGCACAUGACCUGGCAGCGUGGCCGGAGGAGCUUCAUUUUCAAGGGCCAGGAGGCAGGAGCCCUGGUGAUGGAGGUGGACCACGACCGGCAGGUGGUGCACACGGAGAUGCUAGGGCUCGCCCUGCACGAGCCAGAAGCACUGCUGGCCGCCAUGCGGCCCAGUGAGGAGCACGUGGCCAGUCGCCUCACCUCUCCUAUCGUCUCCACCCACCUGGACACUCGAAAUGUAGCCUUUGAGAGGAACAAAUGUGGUAUCUGGGGCUGGCGGUCUGAGAAGAUGGAAACCGUUAGCGGCUACGAGGCCAAGGUGUACAGUGCCACCAAUGUGGAGCUGGUGACACGCACACGCACGGAGCACCUUUCUGAUCAGGACAAGUCGAGGAGCAAAGGGGGAAAGACUCCAUUCCAGUCCUUCCUCGGGAUGGCCCAGCAGCACUCCUCCCACAACGGGGUUCCCGUGCAGCAGACAGCCAGCCCCACCAAUCCCACAGCCAUUUCCCCCGAUGAAUACUUUGACCCCAACUUCAGCCUGGAGUCGCGGAACAUUGGCCGCCCCAUUGAGAUGUCCAGCAAAGUACAGAGAUUCAAGGCAACACUGUGGCUAAGCGAGGAGCACCCGCUCUCCCUGGGUGACCAGGUGACGCCCAUCAUUGACCUGAUGGCCAUCAGCAACGCCCACUUUGCCAAGCUGCGGGACUUCAUCACCCUGCGCCUCCCACCUGGCUUCCCGGUCAAGAUUGAGAUCCCCCUUUUCCACGUGCUCAACGCCCGCAUCACCUUCAGCAACCUGUGUGGCUGUGAUGAGCCCCUGAGCUCGGUGUGGGUGCCGGCCCCCGGCUCUGCUGUCGCAGCUUCAGGGAGCCCUUUCCCCUGUGAGGUGGACCCCGCUGUGUUCGAGGUGCCUGAGGGGUACAGCGUGCUGGGUGCAGAGCGCAGCGAGCCCCUUCGGGACGAAGACGACGACCUGCUGCAGUUCGCCAUCCAGCAGAGCCUGCUUGAGGCAGGCACAGAGGCGGAGCAGGUGACUGUCUGGGAAGCCCUGACCAACACACGGCCUGGCACCCACCCUCCUCCCCAAGCCACGGCGUAUGAGGAGCAGCUUCAGCUGGAGCGGGCCCUCCAGGAAAGCCUCCAGAUGUCCACUGAGCCCAGGGGCCCGGGAUCCCCUCACAGGACGCCCCCAGCCCCAGCCCCGCCGAGCUUUGAGGAGCAGCUUCGCCUGGCCCUGGAAUUGUCCUCGCGGGAACAGGAGGAGCGGGAACGGCGAGGGCAGCAGGAGGAGGAAGACUUACAGCGGAUCCUGCAGCUCUCGCUCACGGAGCACUGAGCACUGAUCACCCAGCCCCUGGGAGGGCUGUCGGAGCCACUCCCCCACCCGCUUUUGUAACUUAUUUAUUUAUAAACUGUCUGCUACAGAGUUUGGGGCCUGGAGCCCUGGGUGUGGGCUGGCAUUGGAGUCCGAGGUAGAAAUAAAGAGACCUUCAGCAGCA